AAAGGAAGGAUUGCUGAAGCACAUAGGUUGUUUGAAUUGAUGCUGCAAAGAGGACAAAAUCCUGAUGUUGUCACUUUCAACUCUUUGAUUCAUGACCUAUGCAAUUCUGGCCAAUCAGAAGAAGCCACUGAAUUGCUAAAUAAAAGGUUGGAACUAGGAGUCUCUCCUGAUGUUGUCACUUUCAACUCUUUGAUUCAUGGCCUAUGCAAUUCUGGCCAAUCAGAAGAAGCCACUGAAUUGCGAAAUAAAAUGUUGGAACUAGGAGUCUCUCCUGAUGUCGUGACUUUCAACAUUUUGAUAGAUGAUCUUUGCAAAGGCAGAAGGACCGCCGAAGCACACAAGUUGCUUGAAUUGAUGCUUCAAAGAGGACAAAAGCCUAAUGUUGUCACUUUCAGCUCUUUGAUUCAUGGCCAAUGCAAUUCUAAACAAUGGAAAGAAGCCACUGGAUUGCUAAAGAAAAUGUUGGAACUAGGAGUCUCUCCUGAUGUCGUGACUUUCAACAUUUUGAUAGAUGGUGGUCUUUGCAAAGACGGAAGGACCGCCGAAGCACAUAAGUUGUUUGAAUUGAUGCUGGAAAGAGGACAGAAGCCUAAUGUUGUCACUUUCAACUCUUUGAUUCAUGGCCUAUGCAAUUCUAGCCAAUCAGAAGAAGCCAUUGGAUUGCUAAAUAAAAUGUUGGAACUAGGAGUCUCUCCUAAUAUCGUCUUAAUUUCAACAUUCUAAUAGAUGGUCUUUGCAAAGAGGGAAGGAUCGCUGAAGCACAUAAGUUGUUUGAAUUGAUGCUGCAAAGA